AUGAGAGUGUUCAGGCCGGUGCUCAGUCCUGAUCUCCCUCCCCUCGCAUCCUCCAUUCCUCCUCGCAUCCUCCCCUCCUCCCCUUCUCCUCGCAUCCUCCCCUUCUCCUCGCAUCCUCCCCUUCUUCUCGCAUCCUCCCCUCCUCCCCUUCUCCUCGCAUUCCUUUCCCUCGCAUCCAUCCGUCAGGGCGCCGGGAGCGGCGGAGAUGCGGCGAGAGCUCUUCAAGAAGGGAUGAAUGCCAUUGUACCACCAAGCCGAGCCUCACCGAACACUCCGUUUUUCCUUGUCACCUCUUAUCACCGCUUGUCACCUCGUACCACCUCCCAUCACCGCGCUGCACCGUGCAGCGAGAUGGUGAUGUGCAGUGCGGCGUCUGACCUGGUGGUGAAGAAGAUGUGCUACCUCUACGUUGCCACCUACGCCGCCACCAAGCCCGAACUCGCCCUCCUCACCAUCAACUUCCUGCAGCGCGACUGCCAGGACGACGACCCCAUGAUUCGGGGCCUGGCCUUGCGCAACCUGUGCGCCCUGCGGGUGCGUGGGCUGGUGGAGUAUCUUGUGGGCCCGCUGGAGCGAGGGUUGGGGGACGUGAGUGCGUAUGUGCGGGCUGUCGCGGUGAUGGGCGUGCUGAAGCUGUACCACCUGGCGCCGGGGGUGUGCCGCGAGCAUGGAUACAUCGGCAUGCUCAAGAGGAAACUCUCUGACGACCCAGAUGCGCAGGUGGUGGCCAACUGUGUGAGCGCGCUACAGGAGAUACUGGCAGGGGAGUCGCUGGCGGAGGAUGGAGAUCCCGAGGCCGUCAGGGACCGCGACAUGCUGCACGGCCGCGCCCUCGUCUUCUCCCUCCUCAACCGGUUCGUCUGUGUUUUGAAGCGUCAAGAGGGAAUGAGUGAGUGGGUGCAGUGCACGGUACUAGACCUGGCAUCAGCCUUGUGUGAACAUUCCUUGCUGCUACCGCUCCCUUCACAACCGUCUCCGCCCCCUAACGAUCCUCUCCACCCCACUCUCUCCUCCUCACCUCCCCGGGUGGCAAGCAGCAUGAAGGAGAUGAGUGAGUGGGCGCAGUGCACAGUGCUAGACCUGGCAUCGCGCUACACGCCCUCCCACCCAGACGAGGCCUUUGACCUCAUGAACCUGCUGGAGGACCGCCUGCAGGCUGCACGUAGCUGCAUCCCUGCCACUCCCCUCUCCACCCCUUUACAACCAUGUUCAACCCCCACUCAAUUUUAUCCACCACACAACAACCCUCUCCAACCCCCACUCAACCUCUCCCCCCCCAACAAUCCUCUUGACCCCUCUAUCUCCCCCUUGUCACGGCAGCAUGAAGGAGAUGAAAUGAAGGAGAUGAGUGAGUGGGCACAGUGCACAGUACUCGAUCUGGCAUCGCGCUACACCCCAGCCCACCCAGACGAGGCCUUUGACCUCAUGAACCUGCUGGAGGACCGCCUGCAACACGCCAACAGCGCCGUGGUGCUUGGCACUGCCAAGCUCUUCCUGCACCUCACGCUCUCCAUGCCAGACGUGCACCACCAGGUGGGCACGUGGGCUGGUGGGGUGGGGGGCCUGGUGGUGGGUGGGUGGCUGAGUGGGUGGGUGGUGGUGUGGGUGCGUGGGAGGGUGUGGCUUGUUCUCCUCCGGACGUGGCUGUGUUUGUGCUGGAUGUGCGAGGCGUUUGACCUCAUGAACCUGCUGGAGGACCGCCUGCAGCAUGCCAACAGCGCCGUGGUGCUUGUCACUGCCAAGCUCUUCCUCCACCUCACGCUCUCCAUGCCAGACGUGCACCACCAGGUAUACGAGCGCAUCAAGACCCCGCUGCUCACGCUAGUGGGCACGUGCAGCACAGAGCAAGCAUACGCGGUAUACGAGCGCAUCAAGACCCCGCUGCUCACGCUAGUGGGCACAUGCAGCACAGAGCAGUCAUACGCGGUCCUCUGCCACCUCUCCCUGCUCGUCUCGCGCUGCCCAUCUGUGUUCGCGGGGGACUACAAGCAUCUGUACUGCAAGGUCCGCGACCCGCCCUAUGUGAAGCGCCUCAAGCUGCACAUGCUCACAGCUAUCGCGAAUGACAGCAACACCUAUGAUAUUGUGACGGAGCUGACAGAGAAUGCAGCAGAUGUGGAUGUGUCCAUUGCACGGGAGGCCAUACGAGCGGUGGGGCAGAUAGCAUUGCAGAGCUGUGAUGCCCCUCACCCCUCCUUCCUGCUUCUCUUUUCCCACCCCGCUCCUCCUUGCCCAGUGACGGAACUGACAGAGUAUGCAGCGGAUGUGGAUGUGUCCAUUGCACGCCAUAUGAGCGGUGGGGUAGAUAGCACUGCCGAGGCCUUCAGUUGGAGAGGCAUUGGUGUGUGUAGCGCGGCCCAUUCUCAUCCCUUGUCCUUCUCCCCCACCCGCCCGCCGCCAUCAGUGACGGAGUUGACAGAGUAUGCAGCGGACGUGGAUGUAUCGAUCGCACGUGAGGCGAUCAGGGCAGUGGGGCAGAUAGCGCUGCAGAGCUACGAUGUGAACGCGCCUCAAUCCUUCCCUUCGUUCCCUUCCCUCCCCCCCACACCCCGCCUCGUCCUCUCCUCCUUGCUCAUGACGGAGCUGACAGAGUAUGCAGCGGAUGUGGAUGUAUCGAUCGCACUGACGGAGCUGACAGAGUACGCUGCGGAUGUUGAUGUGUCCAUUGCACGAGAGGCCAUACGGGCAGUGGGGCAGAUAGCGCUGCAGAGCUACGAUGUGAACGGCAUUGUGGACCGGCUGCUGCAGUUCCUGGAGAUGGACACGGACUACGUCACUGCGGAGACGCUGGUGCGUGUGCGGUUGGGAGGGGUGGUGAUGGGCUUGUUGGGGUUUGUGGGGGGUCACGAUGGGGGUGGGAGUGUGCGUAUGGGGCAGCAGGUGAGAGGCAUUGUAAACCGGCUGCUGCAGUUCCUGGAGAUGGACACUGACUAUGUCACUGCGGAGACUCUGGUGCUGGUGCGCAAUCUGCUGCGCAAGUACCCCCAGUGGGCGCAGGAUUGCCUAGCCGUGGUGGGCUCUGUGCUGGUGCGCGAUCUCCUGCGCAAAUACCCCCAGUGGGCGCAGGACUGCAUAGCCGUGGUGGGCUCUGUGCUAGUGCGCGAUCUCCUGCGCAAGUACCCCCAGUGGGCGCUGGACUGCAUAGCCGUGGUGGGGUCUGUGAGCUCUCGCUCCGUCACCGACCCGCGGGCCAAGGCGGCGCUGGUGUGGAUGCUGGGCGAGUACGGGCAGCACAUGGGGGACGCUCCUUACACGCUUGAGGGUUUCGUCAACUCGUGGGAGGAGGAGACAAACGCCGAGGUGCGCCUGGAGCUGCUGACAGCCGUGGCAAAGCUCUUCUUCAAGCGUCCUCCCGAGUGCCAGAAGAUGCUGGGCGCUGUGCUCGCCCAUGGGCUCGCUGAGUCGCAGCAGGUGGGAUGCGGUGCUGGCAGGUGGAGUGGGGAUGCGGUGCUGGCAGGCGCUGAUUACUGCCUGCUGCUGAGAGCAGGUGUGGGGGUAGGUGGAUGGAGUGGGAGAGGUGGACUGGGUUGGUUGAUCAAUUCUCAAAAGCACCCUGACGUGCAUGAACGCGCGCUCCUGUACUACCGGUUGCUGCGAGUGGGAGUGGGCGUGGCAGAGCAGGUAAUCAACUAUGAGAGGGCACCCAAUGUUACCCCUCGAUCUGCCCUUCCCCUGUCACACCCACCUCAGGACGUGCAUGACAGGGCGCUGCUGUACUAUCGGCUGCUGCGGGCGGGAGUGGGCGUGGCAGAGCAGGUGAUCAACCCAGAGAAGCAGCCGGUGUCGGUGUUUGUGGACUCGCAAGGCAGUGAGACGCGCGACCGCAUCUUCGAUGAGUUCAACUCCCUCUCCGUUGUCUACCAAAAGGUGAGCGUGUGUGUGCUCAUGGGACUUGUCAAGGGCAGUGAGACGCGCGACCGCAUCUUCGAUGAGUUCAACUCCCUCUCUGUUGUUUACCAAAAGCCGGCAUACCUGUUUCUCGACAAGGAUCAGCGCAGUCUGCUCGAUGCCGAAUACACCUCCGUGGCCUCUGCCGCCGCCGCCGCUUCUGCUGCUGCCGCGGCGGCCACUGCUCCUGCCACUGCUGCAGCUGCCCCAUCUGCCCGUGCGUCACAGGGUGAAUCUGCUGCCUCGCUCCUCGAUGCCUCUGACAGGGAGCAUGCUGACUCGCCUCUCAUCUCCACUGCUGCUGUUCCCAACGGCCAUGCUGCUGCUGGUGCUGCUGGUAGUGCUGGUGCUGGUGGUUCUGCAGCAGCAGCGGCUCCUCUGCUGCCGUUGGAUCUUCUAUCCGAUGGACCCGCACAUCCUGCUGCUGCUGCUGCUCCUGCUGUCCCUCCUCCUGCAGCAGCAUUGGACCCCUUUGCAGAGCUAGCGAGCACACAAUCCGCCCAUUCAGAUACUCCCAGCGCAGCAGCAACAGCACCAUCAGCAGCUGCCAGCACAGCACCUGCAGCAUCAGCAGCUGCCAGCACAGCACCUGCAGCCGCCCCUGCAGGAGCCACAGGAGGAGGCACCACGGGGUUCGACUCCAUAGACAGCCUGCUGGGCCUGGCAGCGCCUUCCCAAGCGACAGGUGGCGGAGCGGGAUUGGAGGACAUGCUGUCAGGGGGGCAUGCACCUGUGCGGCCGGCGCUAGUGCUGAGUGCCAAGGCGUCCCUGGAUGCACCGUCCUUCCAGCGCACGUGGAGCCAGCUGCCUGUCGCCGCCACUCUCGAGGAGAAACUGCCUGGAACUUUCAUCACUGCACUGACAGCGCCAGCCCCUCUUUUAAGGCACAUGGCCCACAGGAACAUCCAAUGCAUGGCAUCAGGCGGCCAACGCCCUGCCUUCAGAUUCUUCUUCUACGCGCAAAAGGCCGAUGCAGCGCCAGGUGGCAUGUUUCUAGUGGAGCUGCAGGUGAACACAAGUGCUGCCACGGCAAGUGGCAAGGUGAAGGGGGCGGCAGGAGCAGCUGACGAGUUUGCUGCCUUGUUUCCCGCGCAGCCAUCCAGUGCAAGCCGCGCAUCUUGGCGCCACCUGAACCGGGCAUGGCGGAACGGCGGGGAGAAUGCUCACCUCGCGGCGCCCUCCCGCGGAAACUCCGGCAAAUUUUCAGCGCCAUCAGCCGUCUACAUCGUUCGCCUGAGAUCGGCUCCUCCCCUUUCCGAAUAUCGCGGCGGAAUCGCGGGCUACCCCGCGACGGCCACGUGGGACGACGGCAGCGACGAGGAGGACAGUGAUGCCGUGCCGCAGAUGAUUCUCCCCGCCGGAGAUUCCGCCGAAGCCGCAAGCGGCGAGUCCGUCGACCUGGACGACACUGACGGCGACCACCUCCUCCCCAAGUUGAACGCAACUGUGCCCGCGCCGCCCCCAAACGGCACAUCUGACGCCGCCGCUGCUACUCCCAGCGGUCGCGGCGGUAACGUUAAAGGUAACGGAGGUCGUAACGGCGGCGGCGGGUGCCCGCGACACCGGCUGAGUCUGAGCAUGGACCGCCCCCAGGUGGCGGCGUUUGCGGGGCUGCUGCAGCGGCAGCAGGCGCAGGUGGCAUCUGAGGCAGGCAUACCCGAGGACGGGCUGCUCUACAGCUACAAGCACACGUCCAACGGCUUCGCCGUGCGCCUCACGCCGCGCCAGCUGUGGCGGCUGCGGCGCCACCCCGCCGUGGCGUCCGUCCGCGCCAGCCGCGUGUUCCGCGCGCAGACGAGCGACUCGCCGCAGUUCCUGGGGCUGCCCGGGAAGGUGUGGCCGGCAGUGGGCGGGCAGAGCAAGGCGGGCGAGGGCACGGUGGUGGGGAUCGUGGACUCGGGUAUCUGGCCCGAACACCCUUCCUUCAGCGAUAAGGGCCUCUCCUCGCAGCUGCCCGUGGGGUGGAAGGGCAAGUGCGAGCAGUCGAGCUCGUUCCGGUGCAACAACAAGGUGAUCGGCGCCAGGGCCUUCUAUGCCGGCUUCCAGCAGGAGGCCGGCAGCCCCGUGUUGACCAAUGACUGGCUCACGCCGCGAGAUGCGGACGGCCAUGGCACGUGGUGCGCGGGGGUAGCUGCGGGGAACCCCGUGCAGGUGACGGGCGGCGGGCAGAUGAGCGGCAUGGCGCCAGCAGCGCGCAUUGCGGUGUACAAGGUAUUUUGGACGAGCCAGGAUGGGAAUUUGACUGCGGCAGAGUCAGAUAUCAUCGCAGCCGUCAAUCAGGGCGUGGCGGACGGUGUGGAUGUGUUGUCGCUGUCUCUGGGGGUCGUGGAUCCUGAGCAGAAUUAUUUCAACGAUCUCGCUUUCAUGCGAGCCAAUGCUGCCGGGGUGUUUGUCGCCUUUGCUGCUGGCAACGCGGGGCCUCCCGGUGGUGGUGAGUUGUACCGCACAAUUGACAACUUCUCGCCUUUCUACCUGACGGUUGGCGCCAGCAGCGUUGCCCGAGGUGGCGCGUCCCUCGCCUCCUCAACUGUCGGCGCCCAGUCGCUCGCUCCCGGUGCCACCAUCAGCAGCAACAGCACCGACGGCAGCACCAGCGGUAACUUCAAUGGCAACAGCACGGACGGCAGCAGCAGCACCGUUCUGACCGCCGACGGUGGGAUCACCUUCACCUCCUCCUCCUCCUCCGCCCCGGUGGUGUAUGACUUGUCUUCCUGCGGCCCCCUGCUGCCGCCCUCCGCCACGGCCCAGCCGCCCAAGCCAGGCAACGGCAUCCUGAAGCCUGACAUCAUCGGCCCGGGAGUGGACCUCAUAGGCGCUGCUCCCGGCAAGAAACCCGGCGAGCCAGGCGCUGUCGUGCGCGCGUCGGGUACUUCCAUGGCCACCCCACAUUUAGCGGGGCUAGCUGCGAUAAUCAUCCAGAAGCACCCCGAUUGGACCCCGGCGCAGGUGAUGUCAGCGCUGAUGACGACGGCGCGGGUGACAGACACGAGCAAUAGCCCGAUCAAGAGUGCGACGGGCGGAGAGGCCACCCCGUGGGAGAUGGGCGCAGGCCACGUGUUCCCCCCGGCCAUGCUCGACCCCGGGCUCACCUACGAUGCCCGCGACCGCGACUACCAGAACUUCCUGGCCGGGCAGGACCUCAACCGCGCCAAAAAGGAGUUCCCAGGGGUGGCGCUCUCGCCUCUGGCUGUUCGGAACCUCAACCUACCCAGCAUCACUCUGCCUCGCCUGCAGGGCUCCCUGCAGGUCACACGCACCGUCACCAACGUGGGGCAGUCCCGGUCCACAUACAGCAUAUCUGGGAAGGCGCCGCAGGGGGUGAAGCUGACUGUGUCUUCAAAGACCCUCACGCUGGCUCCCGGGGAGAAGGCCACCUACACGCUGACAGUCACGGUGGAUACCCCCAGUAAUGACUUCAAGUACGGGUUUAUAGUGUGGGCCGACGACCAGGGCCACAGCGUGCGGUCUCCCCUCGUGGUUCAGCCAAUCUCCCGCUGA